AUGUUAAUGGUUAGCAAACCCAAAGCCAACACCGCACAAUAUGCUCACUACGUUUUCAACACACUAGACCAAGAUAGGAGUGGACUGUUAAGUUUUGAAGAAUUUGUAACAGGGCUAUCAGUUUUAUCGAGAGGCACCUUAGAAGAGAAGUUACGAUGGACAUUUUCAUUGUACGACAUAAACGGUGACGGCUACAUAACAAAAGAGGAGAUGACAGAAAUCGUCACCGCUAUAUACGACCUCAUGGGUAAAAUUGUGGAGCCUAUGAUCGACGACGACGCUAUUCGAGAAAAAGUGGAAAGGCUGUUUCAAAAAAUGGAUCUAAAUCGCGACGGCGUUCUUACUUUGGAUGAGUUCCUCGACUGCUGCCUGCGUGACGAAGACAUAACACGUUCUAUGGGGGUUUUCGACAGUAAUUUCUGA